AGAACAACCAAAACAAACACAGCGCGCAUUGUGUGGAGAAGGAGUGUGCUGCGUGUGUGUGUUCCAGGCUGGACAACACGUGAGGUUGUGUGACACAGCAUCACACCACCAUCGCAGCUGUCACACCACCAUCACACCAUCGCAUCAUCGCAUCAGCGCAUCAUCGCAUCACUGGUAGCACGGAUACCGCACAGGGCGAGAUGGGGGAGCCAAAGGGGUGGCUGCUGAAGGAAGGGCCAGCCUUGGCGUGGCUGUUGGGACGGCAGUGGUUGCGGCGCUACUUUACGAUUGACGCCACAUCCAAUGCCAUUGUCUACUACACUGAACCGGACGCACCCAGCCCGCGAGGCACAAUCCAACUGGCUGGCGCAGAGUUGAUUGACACAAAGACGUGCUUGGAGCUCAAGGGCAAGGACUUUUGCUUCGGCAUCCGCACGAGCGAGGGCCGCACCUUCUUCCUCAUCGCCGAUGACGCCGGCAUUGCUCGCAAGUGGGUCACCGCCAUCACCCAGGUGAUCGCCAACGCAAGGAGGAAGCAGGCCGCGUCCACCCGCCGCUCGGCCGAUCGACGUGACGAGAACCUGUCUACGGACCAAGGCGGAUCAGCAGCCCUCGAUCACACUUCACCAACAGCACCCUCAUACUCAUCAUCGUCAUCAUCAUCAACCAUGGCCAAGACUGCAAACGCAGAGAAGAAGCGAUUCCCGCGAAAGGCGCUGGAAGAGCUUGAUCUGCACCCUGCCACGCAGUCGCACACAUCCGCGUUCAUUAAGUUCAGGCGGCAGCGGCCCGCCAAGCUGAGUAGCGCUGACAACGAGCUGGAACGCCUCAAGAACCGCGUCUUCAAGCUCCUGUACAACGACCGCUCCGCGUUCUCAUCCAAAGAUGCGUUUGAGAAGAGCAUUGUAACGUGGGACACGGGCUCAGCAUGCAAGAUCUGCAACGCUGGCUAUUCCUUCACAAAGUCAAAGACCCACUGCCGCCUCUGCGGCGCAACCGUGUGCGACAGCGACGGGUGCUCCAACAUGCUCAACCUGAUUGAGAUGGGCCGGCUGACAGGCGUAAUGCGCAGCCAGCCCCCGCUUGCCUCCGACCGGGAGGCCGUUGUUCCCGUCUGCGUCACGUGCGAAUCGCGCGUCAAGCAGGCCGGCAGGGGCGCCGCCAUCGCAAAGGCCGGGCGCGGUGCCACGCAGCUGCAGACAUACUACGAGCAGGCCUGUCGCCUCCGCGCAAAGAUCUACACGGACGUCGAGAAGUUUGAGGGCACCAUCCAGCGCAUCCUUGCGGGAAACACAGCGCCGGCGCUCAAACAGGAGGCCGAGCGGUUACAGCGCUCCAUCCAGUCCGCAAUCGCCGACCUCGCCGACAUUGCCUCCAAGAUUGACCGCCUUCCUGUUCAGGAUAAGAAAUCGCAACGCCUCCAAUUCCAGAGCGGCGUCGCUAAGUCGUUUACGCUGUGGGGGAAGGAGACCAAGUGGAGGGUCGCGUCAUUGGCAGAUGCAAUUGCAAGAUAGGCCUUGCUGUGUUCGUGUCCGUCUGUCUGUGUCUGUAUAUGUCACCAUCUCUGGCUCAGUCCUGUUUGUAUCGCUGCGUCAAUUCUGUGGAGCAUGCGUGGAUGCGCUCGGUGUGACAGUUCAAUUGCUAAAUACAUCAGGUGCAACCAA